GUGAAAACCACACAAACACUUGAAAUCAUAAUACCAUCAUUAUGGCUAUGGCUCACUCUCUUCAGCUGCUAGGGAUGCUCGUCCUUCUCAUAAGCUUCUUGGCUCUUACUAAGCCAGCAAUGGCAGAUUAUGAUGGCAUCCCAGCAGAUUUCAACCGUAGUUAUUUUCCUGAUGAUUUCAUUUUUGGGACAGCCACUUCUGCUUACCAGAUCGAAGGUGCAGCAAACAUAUUGGGCAGAGGACCUAGUGUCUGGGACACAUUUACUCAUGAGUCUCCAAAGAGGAUAAAGGAUCAAAGCAAUGGAGACGUUGCAGUUGAUUUCUAUAAUCGUUUCGAAGAAGAUAUAAAAAAUGUCAAGGAUAUGGGUUUUGAUGCUUUUAGAUUCUCCAUUUCAUGGUCCAGAGUUAUACCUAGUGGAAGGAGACAUGAAGGAGUGAACGAGGAAGGGAUUGAAUUCUACAACACUGUUAUCAAUGAAACUAUAAAGCAAGGCCUCAGGCCUUUUGUUACUAUUUUUCAUUGGGACACUCCUCAAGCCCUAGAAGAUAAGUAUGGUGGCUUUUUAAGUCGUGAUAUCGUGAAAGAUUUUCGUGAAUAUGCGGAUCUUCUUUUCGAAAGAUUUGGUGACCGAGUGAAGCAUUGGAUGACUUUUAAUGAACCAUGGGCUCUUAGUGGAUUUGCCUAUGAUUAUGGAGUUUUUGCUCCUGGUCGAUGCUCAUCUUGGGUGAAUCGUCGAUGUCGUGCUGGAAACUCAGCUACUGAACCUUACAUAGUUGCCCACCAUUUGCUCCUUUCUCAUGCUGCAGUUGUACAAAUAUACAGGGAAAAUUACCAGACAACUCAAAAUGGCAAGAUCGGAAUAACACUCUUUACGUUCUGGUUUGAACCUCUCUCCAAUAGAACAAUUGAUAUAGAAGCAUCAAGAACAGCUCUUGAUUUCAUGUUUGGAUUGUGGAUGGAUCCUCUCACCUAUGGUCGAUAUCCAAGGACUGUGCGUGAUUUAAUUGGAGAUAGAUUGCUUAAAUUUACUGAUGAAGAAACUCAAAUGCUUAGAGGAUCAUAUGAUUUUGUUGGAAUACAAUACUAUACUUCAUAUUUUGCAAAGCCAAAUGCUGCAAUUGAUCCAAAUCAUAGGAGAUACAAAACUGAUAGUCAAAUCACUGAAACUCCUUAUGAUUAUGAUGGCAAUCUUAUUGGUCCACAGGCUUACUCACCUUGGUUUUAUAUUUUCCCACAAGGGAUUCGGCAUCUAUUAAACUACACCAAAGAUACAUACAACAAUCCAGUAAUUUACAUUACUGAGAAUGGAGUUGACAAUCUCAAUAAUGAAACCGAACCUAUUGAUGAAGCACUUCAAGAUGAAUUUAGAGUAAACUAUUAUCGAAAGCAUAUGUGGAAUGCAUUGGGAUCCCUCAAGGAAUACAAUGUCAAUAUCAAAGGUUACUUUGCAUGGUCAUACUUAGACAACUUCGAAUGGAAUAUUGGUUACACAUCAAGAUUUGGUUUGUUCUAUGUAGACUAUAAGAAAAACCUGACAAGGAUCCCCAAAAGCUCUGCUUUUUGGUUCGCGGCAUUCCUGAAUCCAGACAGUUCAAAGAAGAUCACCCAGACUACUUCAAGGAAUUCAAGGAAGGUUGGCAAAUUCUACAUAAUGUAGCUUGUGUUGUGCCUUGUGAGAAUGCCAUAUAUAUGUAUCUGUGUCACUUAGGUGUGUUUUGUAAUUAAAUAAUCACUGGGCUAUAUUGCUGAUCAUCAGCUCCAGUGACCUAGCUUGUAUUAUAAUAAAUUUCCUUGUGAUGCUGCUGUGUCCCUUAUACGGGAAUUCCAAGCAAGCCUUUGCUGUAUUGCUAUUGAACUAUCUGUGAAUAAUAGAUAUUAUUAUCCUUU